AUGUUUGUCUAUUUCCCUGGAAAAGAUAACGCGAUUGCCGACUGCUUCUCUUGGCUUCUGCAAAUGGAGAAGCCGUCUGAAGGGAAGAGUCCAAAUAAGGGUAAAUUGAUUGCGUUUGAUAAAUUACAGGUUUCGGUUGAUCCCGAAGACGAAAUCUACAAGUUUGAAGAUAAUGUUCUCGUAAAAGAAAAUGAUUUGAUCAUGCCACCAACAGAAGCCGAGUUCAACAGUACCUUUCGAUGUCAGUUCUCCUGUUGUCGAGAUGGAGAUAUUCAUGAACACCUGACCAUUGACGACAUUGAAAUGGAAGAGUCCUUUUUGAAUCCUCCUCCUCUACAAACGAUGCCGAACCCAAUCACAAUGCCAAACAUUCAACAACAUCAAACUCAAGAUCAACUGCUAAUGCAACAAGCUCAACGCGAUGCACAGCACUACCAGAUCACGACAAUUGACGAGCGUCUCAUCAUCACCUAUCAAAUUGAUCCUGCACGUCAAGACGAUUGGAGAAUUUACUUGCCUUUGAGUUUGGUUGAUGAUGUGAUCACCUGGUAUCACCUUGUGCUUGGACACAGAGGAAAAACGUCAAUGUAUGCUACAAUUGCAAAGCGAUUCUAUUCUCCUGGAUUGAAGCAACAAAUUGAACGAUUCAAUUGUGAAAUUUGCCAACUCAAUAAAGCGGCGAAUGUUCAAUACGGACAGUUACCUGAAAGACACACGGAUUUGGUUCCAUGGUUCUCCGUUGCGGUCGAUUUGAUUGGCCCAUGGAAAAUUGACGUCAACGGUAGAGAACUUGAAUUCAAUGCGUUGACUUGUAUUGAUCCCGUGACAAAUCUCACUGAACUUGCUUUUAUCGAGAAUAAAACUGCAACACAUGUAGCAAGCGUGUUUGAAAUGCUGUGGUUGUCGCGGUAUCCGAGACCAUACAAGUGUAUUCACGAUCAAGGAGGCGAAUUCAUUGGCGAAGCCUUCCAAGCGAAACUCGCUACUUGGGGAAUCCAUGAUGGCGGAACCACUAGCAAGAAUGCGACCGCCAAUGCGAUCUGUGAAAGAAUGCAUUUGACAGUGGCAAACAUUUUGCGCACCAGAUACAAUAAUGCCGCUCCAAACUUUCAAGUUGCUGUUGAAGAAGUCAAGCGAGCUCUUGCUGCUUGUAACCAUGCAAUGAGAUGUGCUGUAUCGACAGCUUUGAUGAACAAUACUCCUGGUGAGACUGUGUUUCAUCGUGACAUGUUACUAAACAUUCCUGUGAUUGUCGAUCUACUUUCUAUGCAGCAAAAGAGACAGUAUAAGAUCAAUGAAAACUUGAGGAGACAGAACGCGAAACGAAAAGAGUUUGAUUACAGAAUUGGUGGAGAAGUUUUGAUCAAGAAUACUGAUGGAAGAAAGUUGGAGGUCCGUAUCCUAUUACAAAUGUUUACACUAAUGGUACAGUGGAAAUUCAGCGCACAAAUGCGAUCCGUGAGAGGAUCAACAUCAGACGGCUUGUGCCGUUCCGUCGAGUCUAAUGGACGAUAUACUUGCAUCGCCCAUUGCGUCAAGAACCACCUCUGA